AAGCUUGUUUCGCUCUUACACACUUCCAGCGUCUUGGCCGCGUCAUGAAAAUCAUAAAUGGCAUGCGGGGGGUGGUGACGUCGGCAGUGGUGGAUGAGCUCAUACGAAAGCGAAAAGAAACAAGUUUAGCUUUUUGGAAUACGGGCGACCACGAUUGCAGCUUCAGUUUCAGUUGAACGCGAAACGCCAGCGACGCCGGACCGCGAGGGAGCGAUAGAGAGAGAGCGAAAGAGAGCCGCGAAAAGAAGAACGAAAAUCGAAAAAGUGUAUGACAAAACGUGUGUGCGAGUGUGUGUGUGUGCAUGCUAGAAUUGUACUAGCCUUGGUAUCAGUAUAAGUACAAUUCUAAGUAGAAUCGCCUUUCUUUUGUCACUAAUUGGAAACAAAAAAUUCAGAAAGCAAGCAGAUUCGAAGAGCGUGUUACGUGGCCGUCUUUCCGAUUGGACAACUGAACAACUGCUUAAAACAGUUCUAAUCGGAGACUUGACUUCUGAAACAUUGAAUUGCAAUUAUAAUUUAAUAUUUUCAGGCCAAAUCAACAGUAAGAAUUCCAAAUUAUAGUGCAAAACAAAUUGAAAACCUAAGAGUGGGUUAAAACUUCCGAGCGGCUAAAACAAAAUCAAUAAUUGGCCCUGCGUCCGGCCCUGUUCGUGUGUGUGCUUUUGUGUGCCAGUGUGAGUGUGGGUAAGUGUGUGCGUGCGUGCGUUUUUGUGAGUACGACAAUUGGAGCAAUGCCUGCUGAUUGAUAGUAAACCAAAAGAAAGGGGCUUACAAACGUGCAUAUAAAGGAAUCAAUUAAGCGAAGAAUAAGAAACCCUAUUUAAGUGCAAUAACUGAGUGAUCAUGCAGCAACCCGCCACGCCCAGCACGCCCGUUAACAACGCGCCUUCGGCCGCCCCCGUUGCAGGCGCUGGCCCGGCUGCCUCUGCUGCCGCGGGGGCCAGCAGCACCCCCAUACGCAUAAACAGUGCCAAGCAGCACGGUGCGGCAGGGGGAGGGGAUACCCUGGUACACCCCGCCACCCCGCACUCGCACUCAAUGCCCGGAACGCCGCAACAACAACCACAGUCGAGCAGUGUGCCCACCGGCGGUCACCUGCUGCAGCUGCAGGCGCCCCUGCCCUCCGCGGGGGCUGUGACCCCCUCUGGCCUGGGCAUGGGCGCAUCGAACCAAUCGCUGGGCGUGAGUGUGGGCGCCGCCAGCAGCGUCAGCGGAAUCAGCAUCACUCCGCCAAAUAGCGCCGGACUGCGUCAGUCGACAGUAUUCGAUUUCAAAUUCAAACGGCGACCUUCGCUAAAAGUGCUCAUGACCAAACUUCCGUCCACGGACAGUUUGAGUAACAGUCCGGCGCCAUCAUCGCCAGGAAUCGCCAAUUGGGCCUCUGACAAUCGGGAUGGCAAUCUGGCAGAUAAGUCGGCUGUUGAUGCCGCCAAACUCAACAGGAAAGAAUCCUACAAGGCGCAGAGGAAGAACUACCGGCGGGAGAAGAAGCGAGUGGCCAGUGAGCUGAUGAACUCCCUGCAAGAUCCUGCGGUUAUAGUGCUGGCAGACUGGCUAAAGGUUCGUGGCACUCUCAAGUCGUGGACAAAACUGUGGUGCGUUCUGAAGCCUGGUCUACUGCUAAUUUACAAGAGCCAAAAGACCAAGAGCAGCCACUGGGUGGGCACGGUGAUGCUCACCUCCUGCCAGGUGAUCGAGCGCCCGAGCAAGAAGGAUGGCUUCUGCUUCAAGCUCUUCCAUCCUCUGGAGCAAUCCAUUUGGGCGCCGCGAGGUCCCGACAAGGAAACCAUUGGUGCCGUUGUCCAGCCCUUGCCAACCGCUUACCUGAUCUUUCGAGCUCCCAGUCAGGCGGCCGGCAAAUGCUGGAUGGAUGCCCUGGAGCUGUCCCUGAGAUGUUCGGCCCUCCUGUUGCGGUCCAAUAGCAGUACGGGAACUGCUCCAACGUCCAGCUACAUGGGCGAACCCCUGCCCGUCUCCCAUGAGACGCAGUGGUCGGAGGCGGACUACGAGAAGCACUUCAACGAUCACGGUAAGUGGGCGCAGUUCCUGGCACUGCCAUCGGCCGAGCUGGACACUUCGCGAUCCGACACCAGCCUGUCCGCCCCGCGGACACCCACUCCACUGCUGCAGCAGCUCUACAGCAGUGCCGUUAGCAACUGGGAGCGCACCAAGCGUCUGCCGCGUUUCGGCCAUCAAUCGGAGCAGCGAAAGACUUCGUACAGCGAUGCCUCCAGUGCAGAGCAGGGCAUGGGUGGCGGAUUGAGCAUGCUUCAGCGCAAGCGGCGCCACUUGAGCCCCAUGAGCAAGUCCAUGUCCCUGGGUGCUACUCUGUGCAACAGUAGCUCAAGCGAGGAUGACGACGAGGGCUAUAACCACAGCCAGACUGGCUUGCGUCCAGUGAGCGCUCCGCCCGAUUGUCUGAUGAUGCCGCGCUUUCGUCUGAACGUGAAGGAUUUGGACGCAGACAGCCAGAAUGAAGCACCCAAUGCCGUCAUGUCUGGUCUGGAGUCGGAAUCCGAAUCGGAUCCGGCAGAGCCGGCGCAGGAGGAUGCCGUCGAGCAGCAAUGUGUGGAGACCUCGUAUGUGCCCUUCACUGAGGAGGAGUUUGGCGAGCAAGGGGAGCAGGUAGAGGAGUUGGCAGAGGAGAACAAGAGCCUAAUUUGGUGCAUUGUCAAGCAGGUGCGACCGGGGAUGGAUUUGAGCAAGGUAGUACUACCCACAUUUAUCCUGGAGCCCCGCUCAUUCCUGGACAAGUUAUCCGACUCGUAUUACCAUGCGGACUUGCUCUCUAAGGCCGUUCAGGAGGAUGACGCGUUCACACGCAUGAAACUAGUAGUGCAAUGGUACCUGUCUAGCUUUUACAAGAAACCCAAAGGCCUAAAGAAGCCCUACAAUCCGAUUCUGGGCGAGAGGUUCCGGUGCUAUUGGCAGCAUCCCAGUGGCAGCCGAACUUUUUACAUUGCCGAGCAGGUGUCGCACCAUCCGCCUGUGUCGGCAUUCUACGUGACGAACCGCGAGGACGGCUUCAGCAUCACCUGCUCCAUCCUGGCGAAAUCGAAGUUCUACGGCAACAGCACUUCGGCGGUGCUUGAGGGCGCUGCCACAAUGACGUUGCUGCCGCGCGGUGAGUGUUACACGGCCACAACGCCGUACGCCCACUGCAAGGGCAUCCUGAUGGGCACGCUCUCCAUGGAGCUGGGUGGCAAGAUCAACAUCGAGUGUGAGAACACCGGUUACAGGACGGAGCUGGAAUUCAAGCUGAAGCCGUUCCUCGGAGGAGCGGACGCCACCAAUGUGGUUGUCGGCAAGAUCAAGCUGGGCAAGGAGACGCUGGCCACCAUCAAUGGUCACUGGGACAAAGAGUGUCGAGUGAAGGACUCCAAGACGGGAGAGGAAACGGUAUUGUUCAAGGUGGAUGCAGAGACCCGCUCCAAGCGUCUCACCCGAUACAUGGUGCCACUUGAGUUACAAGAGAACAACGAAUCACAGCGCCUGUGGCAACGCGUCUCCGAAGCGAUUGCCCGUGAGGAUCAGGUUGCCGCCACGGAGGAGAAGACCGUGCUGGAGGAGCGCCAGCGAGCGGAUGCCAAGGAACGGGUCAGCACUGACUCUAUCCAUAUGCCAGACCUUUUCGAGCUGGACAGCUACGGUCAAUGGCUGUACAAGUACGCCGAUUUGCGACCCUGGGACUCGCGCAACGAUGUCCGCCAGUACGAGUGCCAGUUCAAGGUGCUGACCCAGACGCGUCACAAGUCCGUGCCCAUUGUCCAUGGCGCUGAUAUGAUCCACCCCCUGCGUAGCUCCAUUGAGACAUUAUCCCGCACCAAAAGACAAUCGCCAGCCGGACAGCCCUUACAGCCGGGCGGCUCCGUGGUGCCCAAGGCCAAGAAUAAGAGCUUGGUGCUGGCGCCGCGCGACACCAACUCGGACUCCAGUCAGUCGCCGCAGGGAGCGGUUAAGCGGAGUUCCUCCAGCGCCAUUAAGCAACUAGCCUUGGCCGUGGAUCAGGUGAACCGAGUGCUGGAGCUGCACACCCGACAGCUGAACGAGAUCAGCCAGCGCCUGGAGCGCAUGCAGUACUCGCCCCCGCCUAGUAACAUGAGUCCGCUUUCUCUUCAUUUGUUGGGCGGCGGCGUUUCGCAGUCAACGGUGAUCAAGUCGCUAGUCUACGCUCUGAUCGGGCUGACUUUCAGCCUGAUCUUGCGCUGGCUGUUUAAGUAGAUUGGCGAAGUCGUUGUUGGUGUCAUUUCGUUUAGGAUUAAGAAAAGUUUUGGUCAACCUAUAGAUCCCAUAUAUAUAUAUAUAUACAUACACACCCUAGAGUACAGACAACGUAUAUACUUUGUUGAAUUGUACAUUUGGUCCUACUCAAAUGCCUUCGCACGCUGCCAGAGAAAUAUCCCCGACCGAGGCGCGUGGCUAGAACAUUCGUUGUGAGAAACUAUGCAUAGGAUUAAGUGUUUGCCGUAUGUAAGUCUCAGCAAUCCAAUCCACAGGCAAAGUCCAUGUGCAAAUAUCUUCCCCUCGAACCCUGGAAAUUCUUUUCUCAAGAUAAAACGUCUGGGUAGGUUAGGAUGUCGAAGAUAUACAUUAAUAUCAAAAUAUACACAUACGUACGAGUAGAUGCACCAGAUUUCGUAAAAAUUCCAAUUAAAACGAUGCUACUAUAAAGCUAGUUCGCUUUUCCUUUCCUUUGAUAGACAGUUAAUAUUAAAUCACACGAUUUAGGGUAUACGAUAUACGAACAAUGCUCGAGAGGCUCCCUGCCCUAUUAAGCACCACUUAUACACACUGCAACAAACCUUAGAGAUUUAAUGUGAAAAGUGCUUAUAGUUAUUACUUUUAGUGUCUCUUAUACUCGAACUGUUUUUCCUCUUCCCAAUACCUGCAUACUUAGAAUUUAAUAAAUUCCCUAUUUCAAAUUAAA